AUGAAUUUCAACUAUAUUAUAAAGUCUAAUGAAUUAAAAUAUGAAAAAGAAAAAAGUAAUGAGUUUUAUGUUUCUUCUAAAGUAUCGAUAGAUAUUAAUAAUGAAAAUUUUGUGAAAUAUUACAAAAAUUACUUAAAAAAUGAAAAUAAGUCAUUCAUAUAUUCGUGCCAUCAAUUGUUUGAAACAUCCAACCACAAUCAUUUGGAAAAAAUUUUGUGUAAUUAUGGAACCAAUGAUGUUGUAGAGCAGUUUAAUGCAAAACUGGCUUGUGCUCAAGGUUUUAGAAAUGAAUUAGUAGAAAAUUACAAAAUGUCUAAAGAGGAUGAAUAUUUGGAAAAUAUAUUAAAAAGAGAAAGACAUACAAAAUACCAUAAUAUUAAACAGAAUUGUAUUGUAAAAAUAGAAAAAGCGUUUAAUAUAAAGAUGCAACAAGAAUACAAUAAUUUUGAAAUACACGAAAUAGAAAAACAGUAUUUUCGAAAAAAGAAAAAGAUUGAACAUAUUUUAUUGAAUAUAAUAAAUGCUGCAGUAAAAUUAAAAAAAAUUGAAGAUAAAUAUGGGGAUUAUUUCUUAUAUGCAAAAUUAUUUUCUUUAGAAAAAGAUUUGUUUAUAAAAAAAAUAAAAAACAUAGACGAAUAUUCUAAAGUAAAUAAUAAUUUGAACCAGACAAACAAUAGGAUUAUUGAAUACACAAAAAAAAUAAAAAAUGAUAACAUAUAUUAUAAAAAUGAAGAUAAUAAUGAAUUAAGUAAAUUUAUAUCGACCUUUACUAUUUUAAAGGAUCAAAAAAUAGACAAGUUUUUUUUCUUAAACUUAAGAAAUAUUUCUUAUUUAGAUAAAAAUACCAACAGAAUCGAAAAACGUGGAUUUGUACAUCUAGUGGAAUAUUUAAGUAGAAAUGGAAAUGUUUUAAACAUAAAAAAUAUAUUUCCAAAUAGUGAUUUUUUGAAUAAGCUUUCAACCAAUUUGUGGGGCCGAUAUUUAAAUUAUAAAGAAAAAAUAAUAGAGCAAAUAGAUUAUCCCGAUUUUAAUUACGUAAAUGAACAACUGGCUGACAAAAUUUUUCAGUAUUCACCUAGCGAUUAUUCAGAAGAAAAAAUAAAUGGAUUGGGAGUUUUGAAGUUUUUAAUUUUAAACAUAUUCAGAAAAAGAUCGAUCAAUUUGGGUUCAAGAGUCAAAAUACCUAUAAAAAUAGUUAUUACAGGAAAAAUAAAAAAAGAAGUUAAAGUUUUAGCGAAAUAUUUAAAAAAUAAAUAUUCUUUAAAGGUCUAUGAUUUUGAUAAAAUAAAAAAAGAGGUUGAAUAUAUUUGUCGAAAAAAUAACGUGAAUACAAAUGUGCCAAAUUUAAAUGUAGAAACAAAUGAAGUGAGCUUUAAAAACAUAAAGAAUAAAAUAUCUAAGAAAAUUGAGAAAAUAAUAAGCAAAUUAAAACAAAAAGAAAUAAAUGACUAUACUAAAGAUGUAUUGUAUGUCGAUCUAUUAUAUUAUCGAAUAAAAUAUGAUAAUGACAUUUUUCUUUACACUAAUGGAAAGUACAAAAAAUAUAAUGGAUAUAUUAUCAUUAAUUUCUUUUAUUCAAUAAGACAGUAUAUACUUUAUGAGCUUAAAUUCAAGAAGCGUUUUUUUUUAAACAAUUUUGUUUAUAAUAAUUUAGAUUUAGUUAAAAGGGCUAGAAGCUUAUUUGAAUUGGAAAGUAAACAUCUUAAAAAAAACGAAAAAAAUGAAAAUUUGAUAAAAGAUAAAAAUAUAAAAUUGGGAAAAAAGUUAAAUUCAAUUCACAAUGAAGAAAAUGAGAUAGGGAAACAUAACAAAGAUAGAGGCAUUAAUUAUAUUGAAAAAAAAAAUAUUUUAUUUUUUUCUAAUUUUAUUUGUAAAAUUUAUGGUAUAAAUGAAAUGAAAAAUAAACAUAAAUUUGAAUCAAUAGAUAUACAUUUCCAUAUAUGUACAAAUAAAAGAAAAAUUAACAAAUAUUUGUUUAACUACUUCAACAAAAAACAUUUAUAUUAUUCUAUAAAUUGUCAUAAAUGUGAAAAUGAAGAAAAAUUUGAAUUAGUAAAUGAGAAAAAUGAUGAAAAUAAAAUUGAAGAUACAGAUAUUCAUUUACGUAUUUAUUUAAAAAGGUUGAAUAAAAUUGAGAUAGAAAUUAAAAAUUUGGAGAAUCAUUAUGUUUCAAAUAUACAAACAAAAAAGAAAUAUAUUAUGAUAAAAUGUAACAUAGUUUUUUUAUGCAAACACUUAAAAAAAAAAAAAAAAGGAAAAUGUAGCUUUUUAAAUCUAGAAAAUUAUUUAGGAGAAAAAAAUAAAAUAACAAAAUAUUCGCAUCCCUAUUUAGUCAGAAAAAUUUUCCAAUACGAUAAAAAUUAUGUAGAAAUAAAUAAAUUUUUAAAGAGUUACACAAACUCUCCAAAAAUUUAUGUUUUAAAAAAAAAUAUUUUUAAAUAUUCAAGGAUAAUAAUAAAAAAAUCAAUUCUUUUAUCGAAAAAAAAUUAUAAUGAUAAUAAAGAAAGACAAGAUUCUAAAACAAGUGUAGAUGGUAUUGUAGACAAAGAUAAAAUAUAUAAAUAUAUAAAACGAAUAAAAAUAGACAAAAAUUUAGUGAAAUAUUUUCAAGAAAAAUAUUUGAAUAUAAUAAGAUCGUAUAUAAUACAGUUGUUUAAUUUAUUUUCUUGGGAAGAAAAAUUUGAACAAAAUAUGAACAAGAAUAUACAACACAUAAAAAAAAAUGUCUAUUCAUUUAUUGAUUUUAUAGAUAUGUAUAAAAUUGAUGACAUUAUAAAAUUACAGAAUAAUAUGAAAAAAAUAGGAAUACAAAAUGAUAAGAGUAAAAUUUUAAUUCUUAAUAGAUUAAUAAAUAUUCAAAAAAAAAUAUGGAUAAAUAUAUUAAAAGCCAAAAACAAAAAUUAUAAAAAAAAAUAUAUAUAUAUUCAAACUUGGUUUUAUAGACAGAUAAUUUUUUUAACGUUUUUGAAAUUUAAUCAAAUUAAUAUAGAACAUAAAUUAUAUACAGAUUUACAAUUUUUUGUCCAUGAGUUUAUUUAUUCUUUAUUACAUUAUGACAAUAUAAUGUUAUGUAAAAAUGAAGAUCAAAAGAAAUUUUGUGUUUUUAAUUAUUUUCCAAAAAAUAUAAAAGAAUUAUUUAUAUAUGAAAAUGGUAAUUAUCAUUUCCCUUUUUAUAAUUUAAUGAAGAAAGAUAGCACCAAAUUUUUUGUAGACAUAUCUGAAUAUAAUCAUAAUAAAAAAUCAAACAAGCCAAAGAAUUUUGAAAAUAAAAAUAAUAAUAUAAAUCAGUAUUUAAAACAUGAACAAAGUUAUAUAUUUUUAGCGAAAGAAUAUAAAGCUAUAAGCAAUUUUAUUUUUUAUUAUAAACUUCACGAAAUAAUUAAUAAUUCUAUAAUUUCCUUACGAAAUAAAAUUUAUAUUUUCCAAGAGUUUAAUAACACGAUAAAUUCAUUUGUUACUUUGCAUUAUACAUGCAUUUAUAAUCGAUUGAAUUAUGUAUGUGACUUGGUUAGGAAACAUAUAUUAACAUUUAAAUCGAUUCCCAACUAUUUAUUCGAUAUAUUACAUGGAAGGUUUUAUAAUAAACUUGAUGAAGUUACAAAACUGGAAAAUGAAAUAUCAUCCAAAGAUAGUAAAGAAAAGGAUGAUUUGGAAAAGGAAAAACAUAUUAAUGUGGAAGGAAAAAUGGGAAACGAAAAUAAAGAUUCAGAAUAUAAAUAUAAAAAUUAUUUAUGUACCACCAAUGAACAAAAAUAUAGUUAUUUGAAUAUAAUAGAAAAAAAAAAAAAAAAUUAUGCAUAUAUAUUCAUACAAAAUGUUCUAAAUUAUAUAUUUAUUGAACAUUAUUUUCCAAUUAUACCGAAAUAUACUUUGGAAAAUUUCAUCAUAUGUAGUUUGAAUUUUAUAAAAAAUAAGUCCCAAAAAAAAGACGCUUAUUCAUUUUUUGCUUAUAACCUUUUAAGAAUAUAUUUUAAGAAAAACAAAAUUGUAGACAUAAAUAUAUUUUAUCUUCCCGAAUCUAUUAAAAAUACUAAUAUGUUGAAAAUGUUUCCUCAAAAUGGUAAGGAAUUGAAUCAAUAUAUUUUUGUUCUAGACUUUUUCUUUUUCCUUCUUUUUUUUUUUUUCGCUUCAAAGCAUAAAGGGGAAAACAGCCAAAAAAUGAUUUUACAAAAUUAUUUAAACAUUUUGGAGGUAAAAAUGCAUAAGAAAGGAAUAAUAAAUAAAUGCGAAAAAUUACAGAUAUUAAGAAAUUGUCUUUUUUCAUAUGAGAUGCUACUAAAGCCUAAAAGUGUAAUACCCCAAGAGGGCCAUAAUAUACAAUCAGGAAAAAUGAAUAUAGAAAAUAAAAACAACAAAAGUAAAAAAUUAUGUAUAUAUUUUGAUGAUAUGGAGAAAUCUAGAAUGAAUUUUUUUGACAAUGAUUGUAUUUGUAUUGAAAAGACCCAACAAAAUUUUGAUGAAUUUGAUUAUUUUAAUUUUCAAGAAUUCAGCGAUUUAUGCAUAUUUAACCUUUUUUUGAAUAAAAAAAAAGAAAAAAAAAUAUAUAAAUAUGAAAUAUUUUUGCUGAAUAAGUUCAUUUUUAGGUUUUUAUUUGCAUUUAAUCAAAUGCCACAUUUUUACGAAAAUGUUAAUGCUUAUAUAAAAAAUUAUUUAUUUAAAAAAAAUUCAGAUUUUUUAUCUUUAUUUAAAACAUGUGUGCAAGAAAAAGUUGAGAUAAUUUCCAGGAGUAACAGCAACAUUGAAAAAGUAUACAAAGGACAUGGAUGUGAAAAAAAAAAAAGUACUUAUAUGGCAUGGAAUCCAAAAAAAAAGAUAAGGGCCAGAGGCAUACUAAUAUUUUUUUGUAAUAAUUAUAAAUAUAUUUUAAAAAAAAAAUUGUAA